AUGUCCCAUCUCGACUCUUGGGAGGAUGACCCCGCCGCUCAAGACGAAAACCUGGCUAGGCAGGCUCAGCAGAAUCUAAACCUCAACCCGCAGACUUCCUCAUUCCGUCCUGGUGCUACGUCCUUUCAGCCUGGUGCUUCCGAAUUCCAACCCGGUCAGCCGUUCCAGUACGGUGGAUAUCCGCAACACGGUGGGGGUCAGUUCCAACAACAAGGGUAUUCUGGCUAUCAGCAGCAGCAUCAGCCCUAUGGCCAGUACAACCAACCAUAUGGCCAGCAGGCUGGUUAUAACCAAUACCAGGGGCAGCAAUACGGGGGAUAUAACACACAGCAGCCACAGCAAUCCCAUCCGGCCCAGCCGCAGCAACAGCAGCAAUGGCGACCAACGCAAAUCGCGGAGCGGCCAAAAGCUCCUUCUCAAACUGUCACCCCCGCUGCAGCCCAGAAACCAGCAAAUACCCCUGCCCAAACGGCCCCAGCCCCCAAAGCGAAGAUAUUGAGUAUCGGCGGUGAUAUCCCAAAAGCCAAAACACCAACGGCAACCUCGACGACCCCAGCUUCCACCAUAAAUUCUGCACCCGAAAAGGCUAGUGGACCCGCGGCAGUUGAGGCAGCAUCCAAGGUCACUGCCGCCAAAGCUAUUGAGAAAACAGAGAAAAAGACCGCGGCUUCUGGAAAGACGUCGCCUUCCCCGUCAUCCGGUCGAUCGUCCCCCAGUCGCGCCGAAACGAAGGCAGCAGCCCGUGAUGCAGAUUCUGUUGCUAGAGAACAAGCCGCUGAUGUGGAUGAAGCGACCUUGCGGGAAAUUUACGGUGAGAAACGUGAACAUGUCAACUUGAUUUUCAUUGGUCACGUCGACGCGGGCAAGUCAACAUUGGGUGGCAGCAUCCUGUACGCGACGGGUAUGGUUGAUGAACGUACGAUGGAAAAGUAUAAAAAGGAGGCUAAGGAUGCUGGUCGAGAAACUUGGUAUCUCUCCUGGGCUCUAGAUUUGACAAACGAGGAACGAUCCAAAGGAAAAACCGUGGAAGUUGGCCGCGCCUUCUUUAAGACGUCUGGCGAAACUGCCCAGGGCCCCAUGACUCGUCACUAUACGAUCCUCGAUGCUCCUGGGCACAAAUCCUUUGUUCCCAACAUGAUUGGUGGUGCCUCUCAAGCUGAUGUGGGUAUCCUCGUCAUUUCUGCCAGAAAGGGCGAAUACGAGACCGGGUUUGAGCGGGGUGGUCAGACGCGUGAACACGCAUUACUUGCUAGGAAUGCUGGUGUGAAGAAACUCAUAGUUGCAGUUAACAAAAUGGAUGAUCCUACAGUGGAAUGGAGUAAAGCGCGUUACGAAGAGUGUUCAACCAAAAUUGGGAAAUUCUUGGAGGCUAUGGGAUACAAAAAAGAUGACCUGAAAUUCAUGCCUAUCUCUGCCCAGAAAACCGUGGGGAUUAACACACCUGUCCCCAAAGAUUUGGCGCCAUGGUGGAAUGGUCCUUCGUUGCUCGAUUAUCUUCAUAAUAUGAGCAUGCCCGAGCGAAAGAUUAACGCUCCCUUCAUGAUGCCGAUCAACGCGAAAUACAAGGACAUGGGAACAGUGAUUGAAGGGCGAAUUGAAUCUGGUGUUCUGAAGAAAGGGGCCACAUGCAUUCUGAUGCCAAACAGAGAAGAAGUUACUGUCACUGCUCUCUAUGGUGAAACAGAGGAGGAGAUUCCCACCGCUACGUGCGGUGAUCAAAUCCGGGCACGUUUACGAGGAGCCGAAGAAGAAGACAUCAUGCCUGGAUUUGUCAUGUGUUCUCCCAAGCGACCGGUCCAUUGCGUUACUGCUUUUGAAGCUAAGAUUAGAAUCCUUGAUUUGAAGAGUAUUCUGACUGCCGGUUUCAAUUGCGUGAUGCACGUACACUCAGCCAUUGAAGAAGUCACCUUCGCGGCGCUACUCCACAAGCUUGAGAAGGAAACCGGUAGGCGAAGUAAGAAACCGCCACCAUUUGCCAGCAAGGGACAAACCAUCAUCGCUCGGCUUGAAGUAAUCGGGGGGGCUGGUGCCGUUUGCGUGGAGCGGUUUGAGGAUUACAAUCAGCUUGGACGGUUCACCCUCCGGGAUCAGGGACAAACCAUUGCCAUUGGGAUGAUUACCAAAUUGAUCACCGAUACCCCUGCUUAA